ACGGAGCAAUAAUACUAAAAAUGAAAGUAACUGAGUGUCGUAAGAAUACUUCGUGUCCGUUACCAACUAUUGCAGCUUCGUCAGUCAAUGAGUGAACAGCAUUACGUACGGAACAAUAAUUCAUUGAAAAUUAUUAUUUAAUUCAUAAUAAUAAAAUAAAUUUGAAUAAUUUUCGUGAUAUUAAACGUGCAGGAAUGUACUGUCGACGAAUUAAACAAAAAAUCAGUGAAAUAAAGUAAAUCGAUAUUAUUAUUAUAAAACGAUAACUCCAAACGAUCAUUUGAUAUUUUAUAAAAAUUAAAACGUUUUUAAUUAACGAAUCAAAUUGUUACUUUACAAUACAACAGGUGUGUCUAUUUCUUUUCUUUUCUUUUUUCUUUUUUUUUUCUUUUUUUUCUUUUUUUUUUUUUUUUUAUUAAUCUGCAUUAGAUACUAACUUUUCAAAACACCUUUCAAAUCAACUUUACUUUUCUUUUUUUUAUUAAAUUAGAAUCAUUUCUCAUAUAUUAAUUAUUCACGUUGCAACAUUUUUAUUAGUAUCAGAAUUUCAGAAUAGCCACGUUGAGAAUUUUAUCGAGUGAUUGCUUUUUCAAAUAAAAUGCUACUUUUUACGAUUUUCGAGUUUCUCCUUCUGUGUCUCCCUACAUCAAACUGUUAUCCCAUAGAAGAACCAACGAAAUUCCUUCUCAGCACCGAAGAAUUGAACGUAGAAAACAUUCAAAAGCCAUCGAAACUGGAGAAAGCACAAACAAUCGUAGCGAGAAACGUCAUCCCGGUUAUCGCAAUUAAAUCCGAAAUCUUAGAUCAAGGACGUAAAUCUUUGGAAUCCCUUCGAUAUCCUUCUAAUAUUUUUACCAAUUUUCCAAAAACUCAAGAAACUGUUCAUCUAGAAAACGAAUCUGAACAAUCGCUAGUAGAAAAAACGAUUUCAUUGCCGUUCAAUGAUUUACUCGUGAAUUUCUUUAUGCCGAUACCUUUAUUGGAUCGAAUAAAGGAAGAAGAAAAAUAUGGUAAUACGGGAAGUAAUUUGGCCGGUAUUGGAAAAGCUUUGAUUAAUGGCUAUGAAAAUUUCAGUAAUUUUUUGAAUUCCGUAUUUGGGGUAAGUAUCGAGCGAACAAUUAAUUUCAAUGUUUCUUCAUCGAUCAUUUUUAUCACAAUUAUGUGUUUCUUUUCUCAGUCGACGCAAAAUAUUAAGAAGAAAGUGGGAGAAAAUAUCAAUGAAGCAUUAGAUCAGAUCGGAGGAAAAUUAAUUGGACUUUAAUGAAUUAAAUGACUAUCGAACGAUUGUUAUUUCUUGUUGGGUUCAAAAAAAAAAAAAAAAAAAGAAAAAAAGAAAAAAAGACGCCAUCGAACGAGAUGUUCGUAUAAAGUUUUAUUUAAAUAAACGAUAAAAAAAAAAAAACAACAUUUUUGGCGUGACUAAAGAAAGUUUGAAGAAAGUAACGAUAAGAAGCUGGAAUAUUUUCUAAUCGUCCUUUGAGUCUUGUAGAUGACUAUUUCUCUAGAAUAUUAUCGCAAGCUCGCAUGAACGUAUAUGUUCGUACGUAUAUAUAAAAGAAAAAUUUGUGUGUAUAUAUAUAUAUAUAUAUAUAUAUAUAUAUAUAUAUAUAUAUAUAUAUA